CAACGUAAAGCUUUAGAAGAAACAAAUUCUUUAUUGAAUUCUCCUGAGUCUCUAUCAAAGUUCAAAGGAAAGUUAUACGCUGAAGGUCCUGAUGAUGAUUUAUAUAACUUUAAUGGUUACCUGAAAUUCAAUGACAAAACUUUACCGUUGACCAAUAAUCAAAUUUUAUUAAGAGGUACUAUACUGCGUAACACUCCAGAGGUCUAUGGAUUAGUGAUCUUUACUGGUGAAGAAACAAAACUUCGUAUGAAUGCAUCCAAAAAUAUUCGAAUAAAAGCUCCUAACAUGCAAAAAAUAAUGAAUCAUGUCAUUCUUAUCAUUUUCGGCUUUGUUCUCUUAUUGACUGCCGUAUGCACUUUCAUGUUUUCAUAUUGGUCAAAUGAUAUUAAAGAACAUGAUUGGUAUUUAAGAGGAGGAAAUAGAGAUAUGUCUUCCGUAUUUUUUUCUUUCUUGAUUAUUUUCAACACUAUGAUACCGAUAUCUUUAUAUGUAACAAUGGAAAUUAUUAAGCUUGCUCAAAUUUAUUUUAUAAAUAAUGACAUACGAAUGUAUAAUGAAGAAACUGAUACUCCAGCUGAAUCUCGUACUUCUACUAUUAAUGAAGAUUUGGGUCAAGUUAAUUAUAUAUUCUCCGAUAAGACUGGAACUUUGACUGAAAAUAUUAUGAUUUUCAGAAAAAUGAGUGUUAGUGGACAAAAAUUUUUACAUGAUAAGGAUGGUAACAUAAUUGACAAUGACGAAUUAUUAAAGUUGUUAUCCAUGCCUUCAUCAAAUUUAAAGAAGAGACCUACUAUAACUUCAAUUUCAUCUUUAAAAAGACAUAAGCAUAGGGCUUCUUUGUGUUCUGAUGACCAUAAUGAUAACGCUGAUGAAAUCAUGCCAGUAACUCGCCAAAAUUCUGUAACUAGUACCAAUUUUUCUAUGAUUGCUCCACGUCCAGCAACUCCUUCAUCAAACACAAGAUCUAAAAAAACAUUAGAAGAUAAUUCAAUUUUAAAUACAAUUGAUUUAAUGACUUUAAUACAUUAUCUACCAAAUUCUUCUUUUGAGCAACGCGUAAAAUUUUUUUUGCUUGCCAUGGCACUAUGUCAUACAUGUGUACCGGAAAUCGAUAAAGAAACUGGUGAUAUAAUUUAUCAAGCUGCUUCACCUGAUGAAUUUGCUAUCGCUAAUGCUUCUAAAGACUUGGGAUACGUCAUCACAAAUCGCUCUAUGGGAAAUGUUUCACUUAGAAUUAAUAAUAAUAUAUUUAAUGUAUCUGAUGAAAACAAUGUUUUAGAUAAAGACAAUGUUUUAGAUAAGAACAAUGUUUUAGAACAAACUUUUCAAAUAUUAAAUAUAUUAGAGUUUUCAAGUAAACGUAAGAGGAUGUCUGUAAUAUGUAGACUCCCCAAUGGUAGAAUAUCUUUAUUUUGCAAGGGUGCCGAUUCUGUUAUUAUGGAACGACUUCGAGUUGCAAAUGAAAAGGAUGCGACAGGCAACAAAUUUGAUGUUGACUUAUUUGAUACUGACUUGGGGAAUAAUGGAUCAAAACUUGUUGAUAAUACUCAUUUUAAUUUAACAUCAACGUUAAAUAGUAAUUCUCCAACAGCGAUAAAAACUGAUGAAAUUGUGGAUAGGGCUGUUGAUUUAUUUCCCAUCCUAGAUGAUAAUUUGAUAUGUCAACAAACGAUACAACAUAUUCAUGAAUUCGCAAUCGAAGGUCUUCGAACUUUAUUAUAUGCACAUCGUUAUAUUGAUGAAGAAGAAUAUGUAUCGUGGGAUAAACAAUUUCAAGAAGCUUCAAAUUCUUUAACAAAUAAACGAGAAAAUCUUGAAAAAGUAGCAGAAUUAAUAGAACGUGAUUUAGAAAUCACUGGUGCAACUGCUAUUGAAGAUAAAUUACAACAUGGUGUACCAGAAACUAUAGAUAAAUUACGUUUGGCUGGAAUAAAAAUUUGGAUGUUAACCGGUGAUAAGCGUGAAACUGCAAUAAAUAUUGGACAUUCGUGUUCACUUAUAAAAGAUCAUUCAAUAAUAAUAAAUAUCGAUAAAAACAAUACUUCAGAUCUUAAAAUGAUCAAUAUAUCAAAGGAUAAGGCAUCUCAUAUUGUAAUAGUUAUAGAUGGUGAAACAUUAUCGAUAAUCGAACAAAAUGAAGAACUUAUGGAAUGUUUUUUGGAUUCAGGAACCAAAUGUGACGCGUUAAUAUGUUGUCGAGCGAGUCCAUCUCAGAAAGCACUUAUUGUUCGUAGUAUCAGAGAAAAAUUAAAAGACUCUGUUGUAACAUUAGCAAUUGGAGAUGGUGCGAACGAUAUUGCGAUGAUACAAGAAGCACAUGUAGGAAUAGGAAUAACUGGUCGAGAAGGUCUACAAGCUGCCAGGUCAAGUGAUUAUUCAAUUUCACAAUUCCGAUUCUUAGAAAAUCUUUUAUUCGUUCAUGGUCGAUGGUCUUAUGUUCGAGUAUCAAAGUUUGCACUAGGAACAUUAUAUAAAUGUAUGUGCUUUUAUUUUACGCAAGGAAUAUUUCAAAUGUUUGCAAUAUUUUCUGGAACUAGUUUAUACGAACAAUGGACACUUGCCGCUUACAACACUUUAUUUACGUCAUUACCC